CACCACAGAUGCCCACUUGGGCCGAUGCUGCUACCAGCUUUCUGAGGGCAGCAAGAUCAGGUAACCUGGACAAAGUUUUGGAUUACCUGCGGAAUGGGGUAGACAUUAACACCUGUAACCCGAAUGGACUGAACGGCCUGCAUCUGGCCUCGAGAGAAGGCCAUGUGAAAAUGGUGGCUGAGCUUCUGCACAAAAAAAUCAGUUUAGAAAUGAAAACCAAGAAAGGGAACACGGCCCUGCACAUCGCCGCCCUCGCUGGUCAGAAUGAGGUGGUCCGGGAGCUGGUCAACUAUGGUGCCAACGUCAAUGCCCAGUCACUGAAAGGCUUUACACCCCUGUACAUGGCAGCACAAGAGAAUCACUUGGAAGUGGUUAAGUUUUUACUGGAAAAUGGAGCUAAUCAGAGUAUAGCCACAGAAGACGGCUUCACUCCCCUCGCCGUGGCUCUGCAGCAGGGCCACGAGAACGUGGUGGCACAGCUUAUCAACUACGGAACGAAAGGGAAGGUGCGCCUCCCCGCCCUGCACAUUGCGGCUCGCAACGAUGACACCCGGACGGCAGCGGUGCUUCUGCAGAAUGACCCCAACCCAGACGUGCUUUCCAAAACGGGAUUUACCCCACUCCACAUUGCAGCUCACUAUGAGAACCUCAACGUGGCCCAGUUACUCCUCAACCGGGGAGCCAGCGUUAACUUCACGCCACAGAACGGCAUCACGCCGCUGCACAUUGCUUCCCGCAGGGGCAACGUGAACAUGGUGCAGCUCCUGCUGUACCGACAGGCCGAGAUAGAAGCAAGGACCAAGGAUGAAUUGACACCUCUCCACUGUGCAGCUCGGAAUGGGCAUGUGCGAAUCUCAGAGAUCCUUCUGGACCACGGGGCGCCCAUCCAGGCCAAAACCAAGAAUGGCUUGUCCCCAAUUCACAUGGCGGCUCAGGGAGACCAUCUCGACUGUGUUCGACUUCUAUUGCAAUACAACGCAGAAAUAGACGACAUCACCCUGGACCACCUGACUCCACUUCACGUGGCAGCCCACUGCGGUCAUCACAGAGUGGCCAAGGUCCUUUUGGAUAAAGGGGCCAAACCAAACUCCAGAGCCCUGAAUGGCUUCACCCCCUUACACAUCGCCUGCAAGAAGAACCAUAACCGUGUCAUGGAGCUGCUGCUGAAGACCGGAGCCUCGAUUGACGCUGUCACCGAGUCCGGCCUGACACCUCUCCACGUGGCUGCCUUCAUGGGGCACCUUUCCAUCGUGAAGAACCUCCUGCAGCGGGGAGCGUCGCCCAGCGUCUCCGCCGUGAAAGUGGAGACCCCAUUACACAUGGCAGCCAGAGCAGGGCACACCGAAGUGGCCAAAUAUUUGCUCCAGCACAAAGCCAAAGUCAAUGCUAAGGCCAGGGAUGACCAGACCCCACUUCACUGUGCAGCUCGGGUCGGCCACACAGAAAUGGUGAGACUCCUGCUAGAAAACAAUGCCAACCCCAACCUGGCCACUACCGCCGGGCACACCCCCCUGCACAUUGCGGCCCGAGAAGGCCAUGUGGAGACAGCCCAGACCCUUCUGGAAUACAGAGCAUCCCAGGCCUGCAUGACCAAGAAAGGAUUUACCCCUCUCCAUGUGGCAGCUAAGUACGGGAAGGUCAGGGUGGCAGAGUUGCUGCUAGAACAUCCAAACGCUGCUGGAAAAAAUGGCUGGACUCCUCUGCACGUGGCUGUUCAUCACAACAACGUGGAUAUUGUCAAACUGCUGCUUCCCCGGGGCAGCUCCCCACACAGUACUGCUAUGAAUGGCUACACCCCUUUGCACAUCGCUGCCAUGCAGAACCAGAUGGAGGUAGCCCGCAAUCUGCUGCAGUAUGGGGCGUCAGCGAAUGCAGAGUCGGGGCAAGGAGUGACACCCCUCCACCUGGCUGCCCGAGAGGGUCACACAGAGAUGGUUCAUCUACUCCUCUCCAGACAAGCCAACAGCAACCGGGGGAACAAGAGAGGACUCACUCCCCUCCAUCUGGUCGCACAAGAAGGCCACGUUCCAGUGGCAGAACUGCUGAUCGAACGCGGUGUCACAGUGGAUGCCACCACCCAAGAAGGAUACAGCCCCUUGUACCAGGCGGCCCAACAAGGACAUACAGACAUCGUAACUCUUCUUCUGAAAAAUGGUGCUUCCCCAAACGUGGUUGGCUUGAAUGGAGCCACACCUCUGGCAAUAGCGGAACGCCGGGGCUACAUUUCUGUAACUGACGUGCUCAAAGUUGUCACAGAUGAAACCAGUGUGAGGUUAGUCAGUGACACGUCCCUGAGUCGCCCGGAGACAGUCGAUGAGAUUCCGGAUGUCUCUGAAGAUGAAGGGGAAGAACUUGGCUUGGGAGCUGAGAAGCAGUAUGCAUAUGAAGAGAAAGAGCAACUGGACUUUGGACCUAAGCUAGACCAAAUGAUGGAAUCCCCAGCCAUUCCGAAGAUUCCUUAUGUCACACCUGAGGCAGUGCUGUUAAGAAUGGAUGAGCAGGAGCAGGCAAUCGGAGAAUAUGAUGAAGAUUCACUCAUCCCCAGCAGCCCCGCCACAGAGACCUCAGACAACAUCAGCCCAGUGGCCAGCCCAGUCCACCGCGAUGGGUUUUUGGGGAGCUUCAUGGUUGACGCCCGGGGAGGCUUCAAAAGAGGAAAUCGUCAAAACCACCUAACGGUAGCGAUCCCGCGCCGGACCUUUCCUUCGCCCAUGCGCAUCACCUGCCGCCUGGUCAGGCUGCCCCAGAAGCUGAGCACACCACCCCCGCUGGCCGAGUCGGAGGGCCUGGCCAGCAGGAUCAUUGCGCUGGGGCCCACGGGGAUCCACUUCUUGGGCCCUGUGGUUGUGGAGAUCCCUCACUUCGCCUCCCACGGCCGUGGGGAUCGAGAGCUGGCGAUUCUGAGGAGUGAAAAUGGCUCCGUGUGGAAGGAGCAUAUCAACCCCCAAGAAGAGAGCUACCUGGAUCAGAUUCUCAACGGACUGGAUGAAGUGACCGAUGGGGGUGGGCCUCACUGUGUGAUUACAGAGCUGGACAGCCUGGAAGAGCUGGAGAGGAAGAGAGUCUGCCGUGUCAUCACCGAAAGCUUCCCCUUGUACUUCGUGGUCAUGUCUCGGCUCUGCCAGGACUCCGAUAUCAUCAGCCCUGAGGGGGGCUCUCUGAAGAGCAAGCUGGUCCCCCUGGUGCAGGCAACGUUCCCAGAAAAUGCUGUCACCAAGAAAGUGAAGCUGAUUUUGCAGGCCCAGCCCGUACCCGAUGAGCUAGUCUCCAAACUCCUGGGCAACCAGGCCACCUUCAGCCCCAUUGUCACUGUGGAGCCACGGCGCCGCAAGUUCCACCGUCCCAUAGGGCUUCGGAUCCCGCUCCCUCCUUCGUGGACAGACAACCCUCGGGACAGCGGGGAGGGGGACACCACCAGCCUGCGUCUGCUCUGCAGUGUCAUUGGAGGAACAGAUGAAGCCGUAUGGGAAGAUAUAACAGGCACAACCAAGCUGGUAUAUGCCAACGAGUGCGCCAACUUCACCACCAACGUCUCUGCCAAGUUUUGGCUGUCAGACUGUCCUCGGACUGCUGAGGCUGUGAACUUCGCCACUGCGCUGUACAAGGAGCUUGCCGCGGUGCCCUAUAUGGCCAAGUUUGUCGUCUUUGCCAAGAUGAAAGACACCCAAGAAGGACGGCUACACUGCUACUGCAUGACAGAUGAUAGAGUGGACAAGACCCUGGAGCAACAUGAGAACUUUGUUGAGGUGGCCCGGAGCAGGGACAUCGAGGUUUUCGAAGGAAUGUCCCUAUUUGUGGAACUCUUUGGGAACUUGAUACCAGUCAAAAAAGCUGCCCAGCAGCGAAGCUUCGACUUCCAUGCCUUUCAGGAGAACCGUUUGGCCGUACCUGUAAAGGUGCGGGACAGCAGUCGAGAACCAGGAGGGUCCUUGUCAUUUCUGCGCAAGGCAAUGAAGUAUGAGGACACCCCACAGAUUCUCUGCCACUUGAACAUCACCAUGCCCCCCUGCACCAAGGAGAGCGGAGCUGAUUAUAGGAGAAGUUUCCUAGGUGGGAUAGAUCGAGCAGACAUGAAAAUGGCUGUUAUAUCAGAGCACCUUGGCCACAGCUGGACCGAGUUGGCCCGGGAGCUGCAGUUCAGUGAAGAAGACAUCGACAGGAUCCGCAUAGAAAAUCCCGACUCUUUGUUGGAACAGAGUGCAGCCUUGUUGAACUUCUGGGUCGCCCGUGAAGGACACGAUGCAAACAUGGAAACUCUCUACACAGCCCUGAGGAACAUUGACCGGAGUGAGAUUUUGAACAUGUUGGAGGGCCCUGGCAGACAAGGCCACUAUCUGAGACCAGAGCAGCGGUACACCAUCCGGGACUACUCCUUGUCACCCGCUCAGAUGAAUGGUUACACCUCGUUGCAGGACGAGCUGCUGUCCCCCGCCUCCCUGCACUACAUGCUUCCCUCUCCGCUGAGUGCAGACCAGUACUGGAAGGAGGUGGCCGACAUAGACACCAUCCCCCUGGCGGCCACGGAGCAUGACGCCAUGCUGGAGAUGUCUGACAUGCAGGUGUGGUCCGCGGACCUCACACCCUCCCUGGUCACUGCUGAAGACUCCUCUCUGGAGUACAGCAAGGCCGAGGACUCUGACGCCACAGGCCACGAGUGGAAGUUGGAGGGGCUGCUCUCUGAGGAACCGCAGGGCCCCGAGUUGGGCUCUCUGGACCUUGUGGAGGAUGACACAGUGGAUUUAGAUGCCGCAGAUGGCCUGAUCUAUUUGCUUGACCAGGAGGAAGGUCAGAGGUCAGAAGAGAAACAGCCAGAUUCUGAGAGGCAGGAUGACUCCACAGGUGCAGGGCAGGACUCAGAGAAUGAAGUGUCUCUUGUUUCAGGCGAGCAGAGUGUGCAAGCCCGAAUCACAGAAUUCCCCCCUGUGAGUCAGAUGAUGGAGAGAAGCCGGGACAGACUGCAGGAGUUGGAUGAGGAAGGCUCCAUUGUCUCAUACUCACAAGAUGCUGUACAAAGUUGUUGGCAAGAGGAGGUCACGGAAGACCCACACGCAUUCCAGAGAACGGACACCAUCAUCGAAGGGCUGGAGCCCAGUGAGUCUCAGGAGCAUGAGAUGGUCGUGGUGUCUGCAACCGAGCACAUGGGGAUAGAGCGGCCCGAGGCCGAGAGCCGCCUGGCAGGCAGAGAAGAGAGACGACAAAGGCGGAGUGACUGGGCGCAGGAGGUUGAGAGCAUCUUCUCCCAGAUGCUGGAGGGGAACGAGCUUCAGAAUAUUCCAGGCGAGCAGGUGACAGAGGAACAAUUCACGGAUGAAAAGGGCAACAUUGUCACCAAGAGGGUAGGCUGGUGA